UCAGUCUCCUGCUAAAAAUUACUUUUGCAUUUACGAGGAAAAGAGGAAGUUUUGUUCUUUCCUCUUGAAUUUGCCUAAAAAUCAAGGGCUUUCUCCAAUAGUUUCAGCAUGCAGGAUCGUUUUUCAUGAAAAUGCAAAAGCUCACGUGAAAUCUGACUCUCCAGGAACCAUUCGGCAGCGGAACCUGGGAGAUUCUGCGCAGAGGAGUAUUGUGGGGUUCAAGUUUUGGGGUGGAAACAAACACAAACGCUCCUCCUCUGAGGGGAGGGGGCGGUGCCUGGCCACGCACCAAUCACAGCGCACCCGGCCCUAUAUAAGGCCCGGAGGCCGACUGGGCGACUCCUACCGGUACUGCCUGGAGUGGCUCUCUGCUGCGAUGUCCGAGACGGCUCCCGCAGCCCCAGUCGAACCCGUGGUCGUCCCUAUGGGGAAACCGUCGACCAAGAGGCGAGGAAAGAAGGCGGGUGGGUUGACAAGUGCAAGACGCAAGACUCCGAGUCCUUCCUUGUCCCAGCUCAUCACCGAGGCCCUUUCGGUGUGCCAGGAUCGGGCGGGCAUGUCCGUGGCCGCGCUCAAGAAGGCGCUGGCGGCCGCCGGCUACGACGUGGAGAAGAACAACAGCCGCAUCAAGCUGGCCCUCAAGAGCCUGGUGAGCAAGGGCACCCUGGUGCAGACCAAGGGCACCGGCGCCUCGGGCUCCUUCAGGCUCAGCAAGAAGGCCACUCCUGAGCCCACCAAGGGCAACGUCAAGAAGUCCCGUCCUACCAAGUCCAAGAAGGUGAGUCUGUCCCGAGACUCCAAGUCCCCAAAGACCAUCAAGACCAACAAGAGAGCCAAGAAGCAGAGGAAUACAGCCAAGAAGGCGGCCCGCGGCGGGCGGCAGGCCAAGGGAGCCCAGGGCAAGAAGCCCAGGAAGAGUCCAGCCAAGGCCAGAGGCGCGAAGCCCAAGCCUUCAAAAAGCAAACUGCCCCAGCAGAAGGCGAGCCAGAGGAAGCUCUCCUCCAAGAAGUGAGGCGCCGCCGCCGGCCGUGUUUCAGAGAACCCAAAGGCUCUUUUAAGAGCCACCCCCGUGGUCGGCAAAGGGUGCAACACUGGGACAAGCCGGAAACCAAAGCGGGUGCUCUGAGACUUGUGGAUGCAGCAGAGCCACAUGGAUUCUAGAAUCCCUGUGGAGUAGGUCUUGUCAGAAAGUCUGCAAAGUUGAGGACUUCUUGCGUAUGACUCAGUCUACAGCUGGAGUUCUGUAAGACCGUUUAUACUCCUGUUGGAUAUUUUAUGAGGUGUUGAGGUUUAGUGCUGUUGGUGUUGUUGGGUUGUAAUUUUUAUAAAACUAUAGGCUUCGUAAAACAAUUCAAAAAUGUGAUAGACCCACAAGUUUUAUGUAAAUAGAUAACAGCUGCACUGCUGAGGAAAUUCUCAGGGUCCAUACUGAAGAAAUAA